UGUUUAAAAAUGGCGGCCAAUGAGAAACAUACAUUAGAUUUAUCUGGGGCUGGAAUUAAAAAGCUUGAGAAAAGAGAUGGUGUUGGUUUUAAGCAACUUAUUCUAGAUAAUAAUGAAUUGACAAAACUUGAAAAUCUUGAAUGUUUUCCAGAUCUGGAAAAAGUAUCUGCAUCUGGAAAUGUUAUUAUUCGAAUGUAUGGUGUGAGUAAAUGUCACCACAUCACUCAUUUAAAUCUGCCAAAUAAUAAUAUAGUGUGUAUUGAAGGUUUAAAGGAACUCCCAAAUCUAACAUUUUUAAACCUUUCAGUUAAUAAUAUAAAAGUUAUUCAGAAUUUGCAAUUUUCCAAUAAUCUGGUCCACCUGGAUUUGUCAAGAAACAACAUUAGUGCUAUUAGUGAUAUAUCAAAUUUAUCAAAACUUAAGGUUCUUCAUUUGAAUGGUAAUAAAAUUUCCACUUUAAAUCGUGCCUCAACUUACUUUCCAACUUGCAUUUGCACUUUAUCCUUAGCUGAUAACUGUUUAGCUGAUUUAAAUGAAGUUUCUCAUUUGGUUAAACUGCAUUGCUUGGAGCAGCUAACAAUUUCUGGUAAUCCAUGUUUGUCAACAGAUGAGUUAUCCCUACCCCCUUUUGAUUACCGGCCUUUUAUUAUCAAUUGGUGCUUAGGUCUUCGUCUUUUAGAUGGACGUGUUGCAACCCAGAAAGAGAGUUUAAAAGCUGAAUGGUUGUAUAGUCAAGGUAAAGGAAGACAUUAUAAACCAGGUGAACACUUGGAAUUAGUAGAAUAUUUGGGUCAAGUUUGUCCUGUUACAGCUGAUCAGUCAACUGAUGAAGAAGAUGAAAAGCUGAUAAGAAUUUUACAUAAGCAGAGGCAACAUAAAGAGCAAUUCUUGAAUGAAAUGUCGCAAGUGUCCGAAGAUUCUGAAAUUUCCACAACACCUACUAAUUCUAUGACCCAGUCAUACCACUUUAAAACUGAUACAUCACCAAAGAAUCAAGAAGCAGAAAUGUCAACAAGCACUAUUGUUCCCUCUAAGAUUAUGUACGAGUCAGCUCCAGAAGUUUUGUUUCAUACGACUACUUCUGAAACAACUCAAAGUGUUCCUCCGUCCUUUCAGUCUGGAAAGUAUCCUCGUUCUGUGUCAAAAUCAGAAAUUCCCCACAGUUCAAUCAAGAGCCCCAUUAUGAUAGAACAGGUCGAAGUUGAAAGUUCCACUAAGCCUAAAGCCCAGGAACCUACCAAGAGUCCUUAUCAACAUUAUGAGGACCGCAGAGUCCGUCCGUCUAGUUCCAGUGAAAUUAGACCUACUCAUACACCUAAGGGUACUCUCAUUCGAAAGGUGAGUAAACGAGCAACUUCUCCUUGCACUUCUGCACCUCCAGGUGGAAGAUCGAAACUUCCUCAUUCGACUUCCAGAAACAGGAUUUCACCAUCCAGAAGCUGUAUAUUAACUGCAAGAUUAUCAGCUGCUGCAAAAAAUAGCAGUGAAAGCGAUACUUCUGAAGAAGUGUCGCACACAAAUCGAACUCCCCAGAGGUCAUUUCGAUCACUUAGUACUGACACACAGUCUGGUUCUAAUUCCCCAAUAUUGCAGCAGCAUGUCUACACUUCAUCCUUAAGUCCUACCAAGCGUGCUUUUGGAGUAGAGAGUGGAGCGCCAAGUCAAUUAACUAGCAGCCCAAAGUUUGUUCAUGAUGCUUCUCCUCACAUUGCUAAAUCUAAAACAAUGUCAGAAAUAUAUGGGAAGAGUGAUGAAGAUAUUGCAAAAGCAGCUACUAAAAUUCAGUCAGCUUGGAGGGGUUAUUUUGUGCGGCAUCAUAAUCAUCGAGUGUUUAAACUUCUGCAAGAAAUCCGCUUUAGGAGAUUGGAGGAUCAUAUACAGCAUCUACAUGGUCAUCUCUGUCGAUUGACUGAUUUUGUGCUAAGGCAACAACAAGAUUUACAGCAUGAACGUGAAUUACGUAAAAUGCAAGCAGAGGACAUUCGCCACUUGCAUGAAAAGGCGAAGGAUUUGCAAAAAUGUGUGUCUGUUGUGUUAUCAAAAGCUAAAAGCAAUGUUUUUCAAAAUUUAUCUGAACAUGAUUCCAAUCGAGAUUUAUCAAGAGAUCAUUCCAUGCUUCCAGAUACCAAAUUUGAUAAACAUUUGCCAUCUCAAAGCUCUGAUUCUUUGAAUUUAGCUUUGAGAUUUUCUACUCAAAUGUACCAGGAAAAUUCGAGCAUGUAUUCUCCAUCUUCACAAACUUCCUCUGUUACUUCAUCUGUACCUGAUACCUCCUUCAGCAGAUCGAAAUCUCGCAGAGAAUUGCAGCCUUCUACUUCUGAUAUUUCUGAUGCUGAUUCUGGCAUGCAAAGCAUGAUGAGUCCCAAUGUUGCUGCUGGAGAAUGUGAUCGACAUCAUUCUUCUCAUGAGGUAGAUCAUUCUGCAAUGAAUGGUUUUGCAAGUGAUUCUCCUACUUGUCCUGCUUAUCCUGAUUAUGGCAAAAAGUAUUCAGGUAAAUUCCAUUCUGACAAAGAUUCCCGCUAUGAUGAUAAUGCUGCCUUGCAUGCCAAAAUGAGUAAACAACAAAUCAAAAAUUUAGGCUUUGUGCGCCAUACUUUACCUAUGUCUGCAAUCCCUAGUUUAGAUGGGGAUACUUGUUAUGUGCAAUCUAGUCAUUUACCAAAUGCCCAUGCUGCCAAGAAUUCUAUGUCGCUCACUAAAACUAAUUAUGUUGAGUAUCCUAAUAGCUCUUUGGAAAACUCUCCUUGCUCAGUGAAUAGUGAACCUUAUAUUUUCUCCAAACAACAUAUUCAUUCUAAUGUUGCCACAAACCCACUUUGUCAAGCAAAGCAUGAAGAAAUCAGCAAGUGGAAAAGCUCCUGUGUUAGCAAUGGGUUUGUUGAAGCAUUGCAAGGAAAAGAGCAUUUUCCAGAUACUGCUGCUGGAUGUUGUUCCAAAUCUUGUAUGUCCCAUCAAAUGAAGGAUAAAAUCAAUAUGCACCAUUCUCGAUGUCCACGUUCUUGUCCUCAAAGUGUAUGUAAGCAUCACCAAGAGAAGGCAGAUAAAUCUUCUGAAGUUUUUGAUUCUGGAUGUUCUGCAAAGAGUUGUGCCAUGCUUCCUAAAAGGCUUAAUCAACUUGCCCAGAAUAAAGUGACUUCACCUCUUAAUGAAAAAGAUUCACCUACUUCACCAUGCACUGUUGAAAUGAGGGGAUGCAUUUCCCAUUCUUGUUCUUUUCAGUCAGAUGGUUUUGCAGCUGAAGAAUUGUCUGCCACUGCCACAGUGAAGCUGUUUUCUACGAGAGCUGUCAGCAUGACAUGCACUAAUGGUACAAUGAGCCCACAAACUAAUCCACAAAGACCUUUAUCUUUGAGUGAUGCCUCACCACAGGCAAAUUUAAGAUCCCCAUUAGUGCUGGCUGCUAGUGUGUGGGAGAAGAAAGUUCAAGAUAUAGAAUCUACAUUUCAUCAAUUGCAGACACAGAUUCGCGAUUUAGAAGGGGCUUUUGGACAGAUUGGACAAUUUGGUCAAUUUUUUUAUCCAGGAAUAUUACAAGAAGAAACAAAAGAGGUUCUCCCUGCAAUUCACGGUGCUGAAUCUUCAGCUGGUGCCCUUGUCCUAGAUAUGCCAAAAAUCAAUUUCAAACGCACUGAUAGUGGAAAUGAUCAUGUCUUUCAAACAUGUUUCACUGGCAGUGUUCCUUAUUUACAACAGCCAACUGCAAGUCAAAAUAUGAAUGAUUGCCGUGUGGAAGAAAUUGAUCAGGAUGUCCAUCCAUCGGUAGAAGAAAGCGAUGAAUUUCCAAAUCCUACAAGUGAUAAUAGUGAAACCAAAAGCUAGUUGAUGGGUUGAUGCCAGUUUUUCAGAUCUCAGAUUUAGUCUUAAAUAAUGCUGUGAUGAACGAUUUUAUUUAUUUAUUUAUUUUAUUUCUGUUUAAGUUCUUCAUUCUGUUUUAUCUUGUUUUUUGUAGUCUGUGAUUUUUACUUCACAUGACAUCUUUUACUUUUUAACAUCAUGGUUUAUUUAUUUCAUCAUUUAACAACUGUUUCUUCAUAUUUUUCUAAGAUUAUCUUUUAUGAUUAAUUACUAUCAAAUAAUCUUACUCUGAUAUUAUCAAGUAUGUUAAAUAAAAGAAGUGAUUUUUUUUUGUUAUAUUCUAUUUCUGAAUAUUCAGUUUAUUAAGAGUCCUAUAUAAGUUUCUUUAAAAACAUUAUCUUUAGAUUGCUCAGAUUUUGCAGAGAGCUAGGGCUUUGCUUACUGAACUUUAGUCUUUUUAGAUGCAUGAAAUAUAAAACUUUUCUAUGGUUGCCCAUUAGAACUUGCCAUCUUUUACCAAUUAUAUUAGAUAGAAUAAUUUUAUAAACAGCCAGUUUGAUGUAAAAUAGAUUAGUUCUCAAAAAAGCGAUUUUUUUUUUUUUUUAUGAUCUAAAAUUAGUUGAAAAAAUUGUGUUUAAUGAUAUAUUUUAUAUAUAAAAACAUUCAUUUUGUAGCUUUCUUUUUUUAUUCAUUAUGUACUUUUCUUUUUAUAUUAUAAAGUACUUAUAAUAAUUAGUGUUGCCCAUUUAAUUAAAAAAAAUGGCUUCAAAUUGAUCACAUAUAUUUCUUUUUCAAAUGCUGCACUAGUCAAUGAAAGCUUAAUUUCUUGUUUGACAUAACUCUUUAUAGAACAAACACUGGAGUUAGAAAAUUCAUGUUGGAAAUAAGCUUUUUACUUCAUAGACAAUCUAAAGAUAAUUUUCUAAGAAAUAGUAAUUUGAUUCAUAUUAGAAAUGGGCAAUAAAACAGACAUUGUUUAAAGAAAAUAUAUUUCUUUAUUGUAAUGCAUUUACUUUAUCAUUUUUAAGCUUAGCUUUCACUUUUCUCUUUACACAAAUAAAGUACAGCACCAAAACACUAAUUUUUUUUAUGUCUACUAUACAACAUAAAUGCCUUUCAUACUUGAUUUUCAAAACUUUAGGAUCUAAAAUCAUUUUUGUUCAGCCAUUGAUUUGUUACUGUUUUUAUGUAUUAAGUAAAUGGUUUAUAUUUUAUGUGUUUGUUAUAAAAAAGAGCUUUAUUAGUUCAUUUGUGCAUAAUCAUUUUAAGUCAGUAAAAUGGAUUUUUAGUUUUCAUCUCGGAAGGAAUUUAAUUUUAAGACUCAUACUGAUUUUAGACGAAAAUGUAGGGGACAAUCUAUAUUUAUAAUGAAAGAAAACGAAUUAAGAUAAUGUUUGUGGGUAUUCUAUAAAAUGAUCUGAAGAUACUUCUUUAUUUUUAAGGUCCCUAUGAUAGAUCGCCAAAAAAAUGCAGACCAUCGCCAAAUUGGUGAUUGUCUAUUUGGCAUUGGUGAUGAUGUCAUCUGAAAACCUGUAAUGCAAUCACCUUGAUGAAAUCUUGUCAUCUUAUGUAUAAAAAAGCAUGGCAAUCUUCGUGUUUUCUGAAAAUCAAUUAAACCCAGGGGCCAUAAAAAUAAACAAGUACUGAUCUGGAUUCUAUAUAGUGGUGCAUUCAUUCAGAAUAAAAUAGUUUUUCUGUGAAUAAAUGUGAUUUCUCAAGGUAUUUUUAUGUAAUAACCUACUGCUUAAAAGAGGCUUUUACUCUCAUCUGAAGUGCCCCCAAUAAUUUUGCUCAUGUUUAUUCUAAUUUCUAUUUUUUUACAUUUAUAUGGUCGUGCACUUGUUUACAACUUAUAAAAUGCAUAACAUAUAUUGCAUGCUACAGAGAAUUCUCUGUUCUUUGGGUAUUAUUUUUUAAAUUUUCAUGGCAUUUCAUUCCAGAUUUUUCUGUGCAUUUGCAUAUUUUGCUGAACAUAUAUAAUCUUUCCUAUUAAAAAUUCCAAAAAAUAUAUUUGAUGUCUGCAACUUUUUAUAUGUGUAUAUGUAACAAUAAUAUUUCUCUGAGCAGUAUAGUGAUUAAAAUAAUAAUAAAAAAAAUUCUGAUGGGGAAAAAAAUGUAAAGUAUCAUUGUGAUUUUUAUUAGACGUUUUGUGGAUCAUAUAUACAUGUUAUCUUGAAUUGGAUAUUAACCUUAUGAUAACUUUAUUAUGGUUAAAUUCUGAGUGCUAACUUUAUCCAAAACUUUAAACAGUUACGUUUGUUACUUUUUGUAAAUAUAUGAAAAGGUCAACAUUUAAAUUUUAUGUAAAUAAUUAUGUAUUUAAGUUAUAAUUCAUUAUGUUCAAAUGUUAUUGUUGUGUAUGUAUAUUAAAAUUUUAUAGAUGUUAGAUUAUAUAGAUGAUAGCCAUUGAUUUAAAUUUAUGUUCUGCAAUUUGAAAAAAUAAUAAAGAUUAUUCUACUGGAUAGAUGUCCAGACUUUUGUAUAAAAAUUUUGCUGUAAAUGAAGGCUUCAAACUUAAGUAUAGUAUGUGUGUGGGGGGGGGGAUUGAUUGUGUAUAGCUAUAUUGAAAAAAUUUGCAGUUUUUAAAAAUUAUAUACUUAUUUUUUUUUGUUAUUAUUUUUACAAUUCAUCAGUGAUUUAUUUUACUUCUUUUUUUUUUUUUUUUAUGUUUCCUCUUUAAAUUAUGUGUACAAAUUUUUGA